AUGGAGUGGAAGGUUGAUGUUAUUGAAGCAACGUAUAAUGAUCGAGAUACUCGUUGCAUCCUCGACACUCCUCUUAGUCAUUAUGAACUUCAAGAUGAGCUCACAUGGGCCCUUACUAAAGAUGGGCACUAUUAUGUGAGGACUGCUUAUAUGUUAGGGAAAGGCAGUAACCUUGAUCAUUUUCAUCAAGCUUGGGGCGAUAUUUGGGGCAUGGAAAUUAGCCCAAAGGUACGUCAUUUUUUUCGGCGCUUUUGCACUUACUCUCUUCCUGUUCGAGCACUCUUGAAACGAAGGAACAUGAUAAAGAGUGAUCUUUGCCCCUGGGGUUGUGGCGUAUCUGAAACACCCAUCCACGCCAUUUUUUCUUGCCCCCAAUGGAUUGAUUUAUGGAGAGGUAGUGGCUGUGAAGCUUUGUGUUGUGUGGAUGAUAGUGCAGAUUUGUGUGAACUGCUUGUGAGUUGGAGGGACAUUGAUGGGAAACUAAAAACCAAAGGGGCUUUUCUAGCCUGGUGUUUAUGGGGGGACAGGAAUAAUAUGGUAUUCAAUCAAAAAUCCACUCCUCACAAAGUCCUCCUAGAUCGUGCUGACAGAUGUGCGGCGGAAUACGGGCAGUUCCCGGGCCGUAUCUACUCGCAUCAUGCUGCUGCGCAUAUCCCAAGCUCUCGACAGUGGCUUGCACCACCUCUAGGCUCCUGCAAGCUCAAUGUUGCUGCUUCAUUGCUAGUGGAUGGUUGGGUGGGGUUAGGCGUUGUUGCUAGGGAAUCUAAUAGUGUUGUUUGUUUUACUGCCACACGUCGAGUACGAGCUCACUGGACUCUCGAACUUGCGGAGGCCAAGGCAAUCACAAUGGGGAUUCAUUUGGGGAAGAGAUUUGGGCUCCAAGAUGUUGUGCUUGAGUCGGAUUGCCAAGUGGAUAUAAACCGUCUUGCAAAGAAUGUUUCCAACCUUUUCGAUCUGGAUGUAUUUCUCUAUGAUAUCUUUUCUUCUUGUUCUUCUCUUUCAUCUAUUGUGUGGUCACAUGUGAAACGUGACGGGAAUUUUGUAGCUCACCAUCUUGCAAAAAUAAUUCCUUUCGGGGAUGAACAAAUUUGGGAGAACCACGUUCCUUCCGAAGUAGAGCCCUAUAUAUUGAUGGACAAGUUGUCUUUGGAUUAA